CAAGAGCCAUUGAACCAAACUAAACUCUGUAUAUAAGGGAAACUGCUUCAAGACAGGGGAUGUGGCAGCACUCCCAGUUCCAGCACUUAUGGGGCAAUGAGAACUGCAAAGUGAAACUGACAAGUCUAGGUUCAGUGUUGGAACACAGUGAAAUAAAAUGCGAUAGACUAAUUUAUUUUUCACUAUAUUGAUAGUCUACUUACAUUUAUUCUUGUAGUAAUCUAAAUCCAAGUUUGGAUGCUUUUAAUACAAUUCGACUUAAUGCUGUUCAUUUUAUGGACCAAAUUAAUGUAUGAUAGUUAUUUAAAUAUAUCCUGUGAGAUAGGUGAGGCCAAGAUUUGAAAUGGAAUGCAUGAGGACAGUAUAUAAAAAUGUGUGUACAAUUGUGCACCUGUGUAUGUUGCAUAAAUAUCAAGAUUACAUGUUUCAGAUAGGUAUUUAGGCACUAAACUCGCAAUUUGCAUGCAGAAUCACUGGAUGUGUGUACAGACACAGUGCUUGCAGGCCCAAAUGUAGGCAUAACAAAUCCUCAGGCUUUUUCUUUUUUUUUUUUACUAUUAAAUAAAAAUGUGAGAUUUACAAGUGUCCAGUAGGCAUUAGGCGGCGAUCCUGAUUAUAUAGAGAUUUAAGCAUGUGCUUAAUUUUAUGCAUGUGAGUAGUCUUAUUGCCUUCAAUGGGAACGAUUUGAGACCGUCUCCCUCUACAGGUGAAAGGCUAGCAUAGUGUCUAGCCCAUUGUGUCGGUCAGGCUCUCUUAAAAUUCAUUAGUAGGUUUAAAGAUAGCAACACCUAAAUGACAAGAUAUACUUCUGGAUUAAAUUUAGCAGUGAUGGAGCUUUGAUUUAAUAAAAAUGUCUAGACAGUAAAAAGAAACAAACAAUAUCCUACAUUCCAAUCAUAGCGCAAAUAAACUAUAUAUACUAUAUAUGAUGAUUACUUUCUUCAACAGCGAAUCAUUUAUCCCCAAAUGCAACAUUGAAGUUUUAGGGUGCCACAACUGCCUUGCAAAAUCUUAUGCCUCAAAAACUGAUUCUAUAGCUAUGAUAUUCUGAAUCUGUAACCUAUACAACCUAUUGAUUGUGUCACAUCACAUCUAUUUCAUUUUUGUUCCACAAAGACAGUAAAAGAAUUUUGAUCCUUAUGCAGUGGACUUUCUGUUAAUAGUUGGACAAUUCCUCUCUCUAGAGCUUUUCAGUGUCAUAGGAACAAAGUCAGGAUAUGAUGGCAACUGAGGAACUUCAAGCCAUUAUACAAAGAUGCCAAAUCCUAGAAGAAGAAGAUUUUAAAGGCGAAGAUUUCAAUCUUUUUCAAGUAGCAGGCCAGAAGUGCUUAGAAGAAGGUUAUGCAGCAGAAGUAUUAGAAGUAAUUCAAAAUGAGAAAAAUAAAGUUAUUGUCAAGAGUAUGGGUUGGAAUCUUGUUUGUCCUCUUGUUAGAUGUAUUUUGAGUUAUAAGCAGGAAGAUGAGAAGAGAGAACAUUGUCUGAAAAUACUAGAUCAGUUGGUGCAGCUAUGUAAUCCAAAGGAACUUUUAUUGGGUUUACUUGAGCAGAUUGAGCAGACCUCUGGAGAACAGAUAUCCCAUACUAUUCUGCUCUUGCUUCAGCCUCUGCAGACAGUUCUAUUGAAACUUCAUAGCAAGAAGUCAUACUCAGUGGGUUUAUCUUUGUCUACCAUUUUAAAUCAACUCUCUCUCCUGCCUGUACCUUACACAAAAGAACAAAUACGAGAAGAUAAACUUGGCCUCUGCCAGUGUUGCAAUGCAGUAGUGGAUUUUGCUAAACCUUUUGUGGAUGAAGUUGUUAAAAAUAUGGAAGCCUCAACAGAAAAUGUUGACGAAGAGCUCAAAGAAGAAUUGCUAAAAUUUUGUUUGAAAAGCUUGAAAUACCCCUUAUUAAUAGCACAGCUUGAUCAGCUGCAAGAAGACAUUGAAGAAGAUCCCUUAAGGCAUUUUGCAGCUGAAAUUCUAGGCAUUUUAUUAGAUAUAAAAGAAUUGUUACCAACAUUGUUUUCACACCGUGGAAGUAGAAAUCAGAACUGGGAUAAUCCGGAUUUUUUGGAUGUAGAUAGAAAGCAUUCUGCAGAUUCUUUGGCAUGUCUGUCAUAUCUGGUGUUUGUUCAGUAUUUUGGUAUUGAUUGUUUUCCAAUGGUCUUUAGUCCAUCAUACCUUCUGCAGUGCAACAUGACACACAUUGAGGUCCUAUUGGAAAGGACAGAAGAAUCUGUGUUAACUAAGGGACUUGACCUGCUUGGAAACUGUUUAUUGAGAAUGAGUGAUAAUAGCCUUCAUCAUCAGUAUUUGGAAUUCAAAGGCUUCAUUACAGCACCUCAGGGUUUGGUGAAAGUGAUGACCCUUUGUCCUAUAGAGCAUUUGCGAAAGAAGAGUUUGAAGAUAUUGCAGUUGUAUAUAGACAAGUUUGAUGCAGAGGGAAAAUACACCUUGUUCAGGUGUUUAUUGAAGACAAGCAAUCACGCUGGCGUAGAAGGCUAUGUUAUUCAAAAUAUCAAAAAUCAGAUUGAUUUAUCAUUAAAGAAAGCAAAUGACAGUAAGUGGUUUACUGGACCCCAGCUGGUUUCUCUUCUAGAUUUAGUGCUGUUGCUUCCUGAAGGGGCUGAAACAGAUCUUCUCCAAAACUCAGAUAGGAUUAUGGCCUCACUAAAUCUAUUGAGGUAUUUAGUCAUUAAGGAUAACGAAUACGACAAUCAAACUGGUAUAUGGACUGAACUUAACAAGAUUGAGCAAAAUUUCUUAAAGCCUUUGCACACAGGACUUAAUAUGUCAAAAGCACAUUAUGAAGCAGAAAUAAAGAGUAAAAAGGAAAAUAGACGAGAAUCUCACAAUUCUAAAGCAGUUUGUUCUGUAACAGUUGGUGGGGAAAAGAUGCCUAACAUGACCACUGAAAUGCAGCUUCAGGUUCUACAUUCAGCUCUUUUCACAUUUGAUUUAAUAGAAAGUGUUCUGGCCCGAGUAGAAGAACUCAUCGAAGUGAAAAUAAAAACCAUAACAUAAAUAUUGGUGGUCAAAUGAAGCACUUGGUGUCCUAAAUCCUAGUGGGUUUUUAACGCUUGCAGUACAUUAAGACGUUGGUCAUUAUGACUUUACUUGAAAGAGACAUUAUCAAGUUUUAAACAAGUCUGUUGAAGAAUUAUUUAUAAAAGGCUGCUAGAAUACUUGCAACUGCUGUUCUUUACAUGUCUUAUUACAUGUCUUUACUGUAGAAUCUGAUUAAUGGAGAUAGACAAUGUACUAAUUUCAACAAAAUAUCCCAAGCUACCCUCUCAUUGAGUUAGCUGCAGUUUUGCUAGAGUUUGGAAAUUGCAUCUGCUUGGCAUAAGAUAAUUAUAUUUUAUUAACCUUUGGAAAUGAGAGGAUGUUUUUGAUGUGUAGAAAUAGCCUUAUGUUUGCAUUACCUAGACCCCAAUAAUAAUGUUUGGAAAGUUUUGAGCUCCACAGAUGUGUAAAUACUAGGUAUUACUGCAAUUAAUAUUGCCAACCAUACUUCUAGAUUAAUAAAGACUGACUGUAAAUCAGGACUAUCCAUACUGGAGAUCUGAGCAUAGGGAUUUGAGGACAAGGGGAAGCCAUGCUUCAAAAAACACAUCCAGGACAAAACAAGAUAAGUUUAGAACUUUCCCCAGGGAAAGGUAAUAUACAUAAAGACAGUAAGCAUAUAUUUUGUAAAGAGAAACGAGAAUGCAAUUCAGUGCAUAAGCUGUUAAUGCAUAAUAUGGUCUAAAAUAUAUGGACUUGGGGGAAUCUACUCUAGGAUCAUUUUGAUUAUUCUUAUCCUCCCUAACUAUGAAGAAUCUCCCAAAGAGGUGUUUAAAUGUUUUGGAAAAUCACAGAUCACUUUGCAAUCAAACUGAAGGUAAGGCACUUGCUUUUUAAUGAUGGUUUUAUUUAAAUUGCCCAAAUUGUAAAAACAAAACAUAUAUAGGGUUUAAAAAAAAAUCCCGUAACUUUUCUCUAAGUUAGCAAAUUUGGUAUAACUCACACUAUAUAGCAUUGAAUAUCACAAUAAAUGUUAUGUAAAUUUUCAUUUAAUGCAUUAAUUAUAUACACAAAUAUUUUUAAACUGACCAUUUUUUGUACAGUUGCUGUAUUUUUUUUGAACAGACAAGAAAAGCAUUUGUAUUUUGUUUAGAAAUGUAACUCCAGAAGUUUUGAAUAAAUCUAAUUGGUACUAAGUUAGUUA